AUGGCUUCCUUUCUUCGGACUGCGAGCAGCCUGCGCUCGGCGACUCGCCUUGCUGCGCCCUCGACAUAUUCGUUGAAGUCGAUUCAAACCCGGACUCUCGCGUCCGCGACCAACAGUCGCGCAGCUGCCACGGCCACCGCUCAUUCUCUCGAGGCCUCCACUGGCGAGGCACCUUUCUUCGCCGACGAGCCAGUCGGACCCAAUGUGAUCACCGCGAUCCCAGGACCCAAGAGCAAGAAGGCGGUUGAAGAACUACACAAAGUCUUUGAUACCCGCAGCUUGAACAUGAUGGCAAACUAUCAACACAGUUAUGGCAAUUACAUUGCAGACUUGGAUGGAAACGUCCUGCUUGACGUCUAUGCGCAGAUUGCUUCUAUCCCUGUGGGCUACAGCAAUCCCGCAUUGUUGCUAGCUGCGACCUCACCUGAAAUGGCCUCUGCACUUAUCAAUCGACCUGCACUCGGAAACUUCCCUCAGCACGACUGGGCAGCCAUUCUCGAGACCGGCAUCUUGCGGGCGGCACCCAAAGGGCUAAACCAAGUGUUCACUGCCAUGGCGGGUUCUGAUGCCAACGAGACCGCAUACAAGGCCGCAUUCAUGUGGAAGGCCCAGCAACGCCGUGGUGGUCCAGAGGUCGAAUUCACCGAGGAAGAACUGUCGUCCACCAUGACCAACCAAAGCCCUGGCUCCCCCAACUUCUCCAUCAUGGCUUUCAAGACCGCGUUCCACGGCCGUCUUUUUGGAACACUGUCCACCACUCGCAGCAAGGCCAUCCAUAAACUCGAUAUCCCCGCGUUUGACUGGCCGCAAGCCUCGUUCCCGUCUCUAAAAUAUCCGCUCGACCAAUUCGCAGCAGAGAAUGCGGCUGAGGAGGAGCGAUGCCUGGAGGAGGCAGAGGACAUCAUCAAGAACUACCACAACCCUGUGGCAGCCGUGGUGGUUGAGCCAAUUCAGUCUGAAGGCGGUGAUAACCAUGCAAGCCCAGCAUUCUUCCAAGGCCUGCGGGAGAUCACUCGCCGCCACAAUGUGCUCUUGAUCGUUGACGAGGUGCAGACCGGCGUGGGUGCCACUGGCAAAUUCUGGGCCCACGAUCACUGGAAUCUGCAAGAUCCCCCUGACAUGGUCACAUUCUCGAAAAAGGCACAAACUGCAGGUUAUUACUUUGGCAACCCAGAGCUCCGCCCCAACAAACCUUAUCGUCAAUUCAACACGUGGAUGGGAGAUCCAGCGCGUGCGCUCUUGUUCCGAGCUAUCAUCAACGAGAUUGAAAGACUAAACUUGGUGGAGAACACAGCUCAAGUUGGCGAUUAUCUCUAUGCUGGUCUAGAGAGACUAGGCCAAAAGUACCCCGAGCACUUCCAAAACCUCCGUGGGAAAGGACAGGGCACUUUUAUUGCCUUUGACAACCCCAAGCGUGAUCAAUUCCUAGCCAAGGCCAAGACCUUCGGCAUCAAUAUUGGUGGCAGUGGUGCCACUGCGGUCAGAUUGCGACCCAUGCUGAUCUUCCAGAAACACCAUACAGAUAUCCUUCUCGACGCGCUGGAGAAGCUUGUCAAAACUCUAUAA